AUGACAACAGUAAAAUCAUUACAUGAAGAUUUACUAUAUACAAUUCUAUCUAAAUGUCCAUCAUCAAUAGAUAUGUGGCAUUUACUUCUUGCACUCGAUUAUGAAUUAUCAACAAUGAUCAAUUUACGUGCAUUUUGGAGUCAUAUUCGAUUAUCAUCAUUGCAUAACAAGACUAUUUUAUUCUCUUUUACCAAAGAAAUUGCAAUAUGCUGUGUCGAUCUUCGUAUCGAUAAUCUUAAUUGGAUGAUAACAGCUGAUAUACGUCGUUUACUUUCAUAUUUUCGUUUAUUAGUCUGUUUUCAUUCUGGAAAUGUUUCAUUAUCAAAAAGUACAUUAAUUAAUGAUAUUAAAAUACUUUUUCCCUUUUUAAAAUAUAUUACUUUAUUAAUAUCACUUGAUGAUUUAUCUCUAUCAUCUUCAACAACUCGUCAAAAUCCAAUAAUUGAUAAUGUAUUUCAAGAAAUAUGUACAUCAUUGAAUCAAAUUAAUCAACUUGAACAUAUAUCAUUAGUAUUACAAGAUAAAAAAGGAGGAUGUCUUUCUAAUGCAGAUGCUCGUUUAUAUUUUCGUUCUGCUUGUGAUUAUAUAUCGAAUAUGACAAAUAAUUGUAAAUUGAUAUCUAUUGAAGAAAAUGGUUAUGAAAUUAAAGAUCGAUUUUUAUCUAAUGAUACAUCUACAGAAAUAUCAGUUGGGCCAAUAGAUAUAUCUCUUCAUUCGACAAUAAAACAUUUAAUAGUUUCUUUUCGUUCGAUGUUAAAUAUGAAUUUAACAUUAAAAUUAAAAGAUUCUUUAAAUGAAAAAUUACAAAUGGAAACUUUAGUAAUACCAUGUUUACCUUCAAUUGAUAAACUUGAUCUGAAUCAAUUAAAAAUACUUGAUAUUGGUUAUGUAAAUGUCAAAGAUCGAAAUGAAUUAAUACGGCUUGAUGAUAUUCUUCUUUGUCAUCGUUCUCAUUCUUUGCGAAAUUUAACUAUUUGUUUAAAUGAAUGGCAAUCUACAAGAUUUGUUAUUAUAUGGAAAAAAGAAAAUAAUAAACAAAUAACAACUUCGUCAACACAAUUUAGUUCUGUAUUUGAAAAUUGUUUUGACGAAGUAACGACUCCGGAUGAAGAAGAAGAAAAAGAGAUGGAAAAACCAACUUUUCCAAAUCAAUCUUCAGAACUUGAAAAGGCAUCUGAAGCAGUUAUUGAUGAAUUUUCUUUUGAAUUUCUCGAUGAUACUCAAUCAUCUAUUUUUCAUUUCAAUCUCAAAUAUUCUUGGUCAAAUAAAUUAACUAAUCUGAAUCUAACUGGUAUUCAUUGUCAUUCAAUUGAUUUAAAAUAUCUUUUCAAUUCAUUACAUUUACUUCGAUCAUUAAGUUUAUCACCUUGCUUAUUAAUAUACAUUAAUCAAUUUGAAUGUCAUUGUCAAACAUUAUCAACAUCUAUUCCAUAUCAAAUUCAUUCAUUAAAUAAAAAUCUCCUUUCACUUAAUCUAAUUUCACAUUUAUCAAAUAUGAAACAAAUAUGUUCAAUAUUUCAUGAACAAUAUAAACAUCAUUGUAUUCGUCAUUCAGCUAUUCAUCAAUAUUUAAAUAUAAAUGAAUCGUUAUUUCAAUAUGAAAAUAUUAUACAUUAUUUAAUUCGAACAAUUCUUCAUACAUUAGAUUUACAUCAUUUAAGUAUACGUAUACCAAAUUAUGAACUUCAAAAUGACGAUCUUAAUAUACAAAAUAAUAAUCAUUUAAAAACAUUAAUUUUAGAUGUCAAAAUACCAAUGACAUUCCAUUCAAAAUUAGCAAGACUUUAUUCUGCAAAUAUUUUUCAAUAUUUACGAAAAUUUAUUGUUAUUAGUAAUACAAAUUUUCAGUUAACACCUUUACUUAUUGAUAGAUUUUGUACACUUGAAAUAAUUGAAAUUUUAUCAAUUAAUUAUCAUCUUAAUCGUGCAACAAUACAAUAUCUUGAAAAAGUUCUUAAGCCAACUAAUUAUCCAAAUUUAAAUACAUUUCGAUUUUGGAUAGGUAGUGUUGAUGCUAAUCAUUUAUUAAAACAUUUACAUAAAACUAUACGAUUAGCAUUUGAACAUAUCAAACCAGCAUUUCAAUUUGAUAUUUCUAUUGUUAAUUCAUUAUCAAGAUCAUUUCAUAUGCGUAAAUGUAUUUUAUAUGAUAAUACACAUGAAAUUCAUCGAAAUUUUCAUUCAUUAUUAUCAAUUCAUAGUAAUCAAUUGUCAAUUAUUUAUCCGAAAUUUUUAAAUUAUAAACCAUUGUAUAGUGAACAAAAUUUUGAUAAAUAA